UUAAUUAUUCCCAGCUGUCUCUCCCCCACUCUCCACGUGACUCUCUCCUCCUUUAGAUUUCCUUCCACUCCCAUAUCUAACCACUCAACCACCACUCUCUCUUCUCCAGAUAAAAAAAAAAUCAACAACAAUGUCGUCAUCUUCAACCUUCCUCCUUACUUUCUCUCUCCUCCUUACAAUCUCCUACUUGAGUCUCCACUUCUCUACAACAAAUGCCCAGAUCCACGACUUGGGGUUUAACUGGGCCUCACCCUCUGCAAUGUCAAUAGUUUACCCAGUUGGAAAUGAUCUUGAUGAUGAUUAUUUUGAAGAUGAAAUAGAAUCAGACGGUAGCAGUAGCAGAAGAUCUCUUUACUGGAAGAAACCACAUCAGGUGUACUACAUCUCGUAUGGUGCACUCUCAGCAAAUCGUGUCCCUUGCCCACCUCGUUCUGGUAGGUCCUACUACACUCACAACUGCUUCAAAACUCGUACACCUGCUAACCCUUAUCAUCGUGGUUGCUCCUGCAUUUCUCGCUGUCGCCGUUGAUUCAUGGAGUAUUAAGUUUUUAUGUUUGUUUUUAGUGGGUUUUUAUUGAUUUUUAAUAGGGUUUAAGGUUGGGGUUUUAAUUAUGUUGUUUAUCUCAUCAGAAGAAACUCUAUAUUAUGUUAUUAUAACUUAUAAGUAAUUUUUAUGAUUUUUAUUUUUUACAA